AAUCGAAUGUCCAUUCUUCAGUGCAUAAUUCUGAGACAGCAGUUUGUGGGGCGAAAUGUCAUUACUAUCAUCGCUGCGUAAACAAACGUACAUUCGCAAAAAGGCAGCUGGCCAGGGCCGGCAGCUGAAGCGAUAAACGUUUUUGCUUUGUUAUGACCCAAACAAUGAUGAGACCAUGGCGAGCAGAAAUGGAACCGAUAACCUGGAAGAGGACGUGCAAGCAGAUCUGACGUUUAAGAUCUUGGUUUUGGGAGACAGCAAUGUCGGGAAAACAUGUUUGGCCUGUAGAUUUUGUGAAAAUAAUUUCGUCGGUGGAGGAUCGUCGCGAGCUUCGGUACCGACCUUAGGUCUUGACUUCAGACAGCGCGUUGUCACACUUGACGGAACGAGAAUACAACUACAAAUAUGGGACACUGCAGGGCAGGAGAGAUAUCGCACACUCACUACCGCAUAUUAUAGAGGUGCUAUGGGAAUUCUUGUAUUGUUUGACAUCACAAACGAGACAAGCUUCAAUCACAUAACCAGCUGGUUGGAAAACAUCUCCCAGAACGCCUCAGCAGACGUCUGCAAAGUGCUCGUCGGCAACAAGUGUGAUGAGGAGGACAGAAGAAAAGUCCCAACUAUGAGGGCCAUCAAUCUUGCCAGUGCCUUUGAUCUUCUGUUCUACGAGACCAGCGCCAAGAACUCCGUCAACGUUGAGCCUGCGUUCAUGGCACUGGUCAAACAAAUGCUGACCAAGCAACAACACAGAAUAAAUCGUCUUCAGAGUACCGACAAAGUCAUCCAUGGUAACAUGCUGGAGAAAAUCAAGAAGAAAGAAGCCAAAUGGUGUUACUGUUGAGUCUAAGUGUCAUCAGGGUCAUUUUGUAAAUUUAGGGUCCCGAGUCUGAAAUUUUUCCUGUCCCUGUUACCUUGGUACUUUGUA